AUAAUUCAUUUUCUAAUUUCAAUAGGUUCUAAUCAAUGGUUAUAUGUUAUGUUCUAGUAGUUCAAGAUGAGUUAUUUCCUUUACAUGUUUGAUUGAAAAAAAUUUGUAACUGAACAUUUUUAAUUAAUUUUAACACAACUAUAUUACUUAGUUAUUCUGCACUUAUAAAUCAUGUCCAAAUUAGCAAUCCCUUGGAUUCCAGCAACUUUCACAUUAUCACCUAUGAUUGGUGGUUUCAUUGGAGGAAUUUUCGUUCGUAAAAAUAUAAAAGGAUGGUACGAGACAUUGAAUCGACCAUCUUGGAGACCUCCAAACUAUGUGUUUGCUCCGAUUUGGACAACAUUAUAUUUAGGAAUGGGUUAUGCUUCUUAUUUGGUAUACCAUAAUGGAGGUGGAUUUUCAGGUACAGCGAAAAUUCCAUUGCUUUUAUAUGCAUCACAAUUAGUUUUAAAUUGGGCGUGGUCACCAUUAUUCUUUGAAUUUCAUCAAUUAAAAUGGAGUUUAAUUGAAAUUUGUGUUUUAUGGGUCAAUGUAGCUGGUUGCAUUACAGGAUUUUAUAGAAUAAACAAAAUAGCUGGUUAUAUUAUGAUUCCAUAUUUAGGAUGGUUAUCAUUAGCAACAUCAUUAACAUAUAGUAUUUACAAGAAUAAUCCCGAUAUUUCUGACAAAACAAUUAAAGAUAACAAAUAAAUUUUAUUGGUUGUUCCAGUUUGUUAUUCACAUCGAUUUUACAUUGAAUAAAAAUAUGUAAAUUAUUUUUA